CGCGGAUGGUCGGGAGGCGCGUGUCCGGCGGCGCUCGCGCGCCCGUGUGUGUGCGCGCGCGCUCCCGGCUCUGGAGAGCUCCAGGACAGUGGCUGAGGACAAGGAGCAGAGCCUGAACCCUUGGGCCUGGGGGCCCGAGGUGGGUCCAGUCAGAGGUGACCAUGGAGAAAGGGGCAGAGGCCAGAGACUCUGCCUUCCCCCGAGGAACAAAUGGAGACCAGCCAGAGGAGCCCACAACCUCUGGCCUCCCAGUGGCUCCCAGCUUCCUGGCAUCACUGACCUUCCAGGAUGUGGCUGUAGCUUUCAGCCAGGACGAGUGGAGACACCUGUGCCCAGCUCAGAAGUGCCUGUACCGGGAGGUGAUGCUGGAGAACUAUGGGCACCUGCUCUUCCUGGGGCUGCCGGUUGCCAAGCCAGAGUUGAUCACCCAGCUGGAGUGUGGGGAAGGCCCGUGGGUGCUGCUGGAGGAAGAGCCGAGAAGCCCUGGCACAGACCAAAAGAGUAGUCCAGAGACCAAGAAGACAGUUCUAAAGCAGGGCAUUUCAGUGGGAAAACCACUGCAGGAAAGACUCUCAAGAGAUCAUCCCAGGGAUUUAAAAUUUGGAGAAGUUGGCAGUUAUGGCCAGAGGUUUAACAGGCUUCAGAGCAACCAGAAGAGAGACAUUAGGCAAGGAAAGAAAAUGUUUAAUAAGUCCAGAGAGCGUGAAUGUAUAUUUAGGAAAAAUUUCUGUCAAAGAUCAGUCCUUGAAAUACAAAGGAAUGUUUCUUCAGAAAAGAGUCUCCAGAAAUAUGAAAUAUAUGGAAAUAGCUUUAAAUUGUCUUCAGACCUGAAUAGUUAUAAUGGAAUUGCCCCAGGAAGGAAACCUCAUAUGAUUAAUGCUUGCAACAAGGCCUUCAGUUACCAUUCAGACCUUAUUCGAUAUCACAGGGUAAGUACUAGAGAAAAACCCUAUACAUUUGAUGAAUUUGGUAAAGCCUUUCAGCAGAGGCGACACCUUACACGACAUCACAGAAUUCGACCUGGAGAUAAACCAUAUACAUGUACAGAAUGUGGGAAAACCUUCAGUCGGAUUCCCUACCUUAUGCUACAUCAGAGAAUUCACACUGGAGAGAAACCCUAUAAAUGUAAUGUAUGUGAAAAAGCCUUUUGCCAAAGAGGACAUCUCACUGAACAUCAGAGAAUUCACACUGGAGAGAAGCCCUAUAAAUGUAAUGUAUGUGAAAAAGCCUUCACUCAGAGUGGACAUCUCACUGAACAUCAAAAAAUUCAUAAUGGAGAGAAACCCUACAAAUGUAGUGAAUGUGGAAAAACCUUUAGCAAUAAAUCAUCCCUUAUUCUACAUCGCAGGUUUCAUACUGGAGAGAAACCAUACAAAUGUUAUGAAUGUGGAAAAGGCUUCACCAACAGCUCAGUCCUUAUUGUACACCAGAGAAUUCACACUGGAACUAAACCCUAUAAAUGUCAUGAUUGUGGGAAGGCCUUCCUUCAGUACAUAGGGCUUGUGGUACAUCAGAGAAUUCAUACUGGAGAGAAACCUUAUAAAUGUCACAUAUGUGAAAAAGCCUUCAGCCAGAGUGGGCAUCUCAGUGAACAUCAGAAAAGUCACAAUGGAGAAAAACCCUAUGAAUGUAAUGAGUGUGGGAGAGCCUUCAGCAAUACCUCAUCCCUUAUUCUGCAUCAUAGGAUUCAUACUGGAGAGAAACCUUACAAAUGUAAUGACUGUGGGAAAGCCUUUAGUAAUAGCUCAGUUCUUACUGUUCAUCAAAGAAUUCAUACAGGAUCAAAACCUUAUAAAUGUCUUGAAUGUGGGAAGGCCUUUCUCCAGUGUAUAGGUCUUAUUGUACAUCGGAGAACUCAUACUGGAGAGAAACCUUAUAAAUGUAAUGUAUGUAAGAAAGCUUUCAGUCAAAGGGGGCACCUUACUCAGCAUCUGAAAAUCCAUAAUGGGGAGAAGCCCUAUAAAUGUAGUGACUGUGGGAAAGCUUUCACGCAGAGGGGACAUCUCACUGAACAUCGGAGAACCCACAGUGGGGAGAAACCAUACACAUGCAAUGAAUGUGGUAAAGCUUUUAGCAACCACUCACACCUCACUCUCCAUCACAGAAUCCACACUGGAGAGAAGCCCUACAAAUGUAAUGAAUGUGGGAAAGCCUUCAGUCAGAGGGGUCACCUCACUGAACACCAAAGAAUCCAUACUGGGGAGAAGCCCUACAAAUGUGAUGAGUGCAGUAAAGCCUUCAGCAGCCGAUCACGGCUUACACUACACCAUAGGAUUCAUACUACAGAAAAACCCCGUAAACGUCGUGAAUGUAAAAAAAACAUCCCUCACAGUAUGGACCUUCCUCAGUGUCAAAGAGUUAAAACUGGGGCGAAAGGUUAUAAAUGUACCGAAUGUAGCAAAGCCUUUCGAAGCAGCUCUUCCCUGGCUCUUCAUCAGAGGACUCAUAGUGGAGAAAAACCAUAUGAAUGUAGUGAAUGUGGGAAAGCAUUUAGCCGGAGAAUAUACCUUACUAAACACCAGAGACUUCAUAAUGGCAUGAAUACUUACCUUUGUAGUACAUGUGGUGAAAACUGUACUCAGUGUGCAUGUCUUAUUCAACACCAGACAAUUCAUUCUGGAGAGGUACCUUCCACAUCUUGUGAUUAUUCAGAAGCCUUCAGUAGUAACUCAUCUCUUAUUCUACAUUCCAAAAGUCAUAGCAGAAAGAAAUCCUAUGAAUGUUAUGAAUGUGGGAAGCCUUUCAGCAGUCGUGCAGGCCUUAUUGUACAUCUGAGAAUUCAUACAGGAGAGAAACCCUACAAAUGUAACACAUGUGAAAAAGCCUUCAGCCAGAGAGGACAUCUUACUGAACAUCAAAAAAUUCAUAAUGGAGAGAAACCAUAUAAAUGUAGUGAAUGUGGAAAAGCCUUCAGUCGGAGAAUGUAUCUUACUCAGCAUCAGAGAAUUCACACUGGAGUUAAACCUUAUAAAUGUAACAUAUGUGGUAAGGCUUUCACACAGUCUUCAGGCCUUACACAACAUCAUAUAAUUCAUUCCAGAGAGAAACUCUACAAAUGUAGUGAAUGUGGAAAAGCCUUCAGUAACAGUUCAUCACUUAACCUACAUCAGCAAAUACAUGUGGAAGAGAAACCCUAUAAUUGCAAUGAAUGUGGAAAAAUUUUCAGUGAUCAGUCAUCUCUUAAUCUACAUCUGAGAACUCAUACUGAAGAAAAACCCUAUAUAUGUAAUGAAUGUGGGAAAAUCUUUAGCAACAACUCGUCUCUUGAUCUACAUCAGAGAAUUCAUACUGCAGACAAACCCCAUAAAUGUAAUGAAUGUGGAAAAGCCUUUAGUCAGCAGGGAGGUCUUGCUCAGCAUCAAAAAAUUCAUAAUGGAGAGAAACCGUACAAGUGUAAUGAAUGUGGGAAAGCUUUCAUUUAUAGUAUGCAACUCACUCGACACAUGAGAACUCAUACUGGGGAGAAGCCCUAUAAAUGUAGUGAAUGUUCCAAAGCUUUCAGUGAAAGUUCAUCCCUUAUUGUUCAUCAGAGAAUUCAUUCUGGAGAAAAGCCAUAUAGAUGUAAUGGAUGUGGGAAGGUCUUCAGUGCACAGGGGAGCCUUACAAACCAUCAGAGAAUUCAUACUGGAGAGAAACCGUAUAACUGCAGUGAAUGUGGGAAAUCUUUCAGCUCCAGCUCAUCCCUUGCAAGACAUAAAAGAACUCAUACUGGGGAAAAGCCCCAUAGAUGUCUUGAAUGUGGAAAAGCCUUCACUCACAGGUCAUCUUUUACUGUACAUCAGAGAAUUCAUACUGGAGAGAAGCCCUACAAAUGUAGUGAAUGUGGAAAGGCUUUCAAUGAGGGAAGGGGGCUUCUUCAACAUCAGAGAAUUCAUACUGAAAAGAAAGUCUAGAGGUUCAGUUCUUAGGGAUAACCUUCCCCUAAUGGGAAAAGUAGCACCAAAAGAUUCAUGCUUGACAUAAAUAUUAUAAAUAACAUGCAUGUGGAAAGGCCUUUUAGGUAUGUCCAGGCAUCUGAGACUUUACAAAAGAAAUUAACCCCUGUUAGCUUGUGUAUCUGAGCAUUGUGAUAGUUUUUCAUUUGGGAAUUGAAAGGAAAGAAAGGUUUUCCUAGAUAUUUGCUUCUUUUCUACAGCACACCUGAGGGAAUUACACUUGUAUAUGUCCAAGUAAGAGGCUCACAGGUGUGAGACUUAGUAGUUCUUAGGCUCUUAGCUCUCUAAGACAGAAAAAAAGGGAUCUUUUCCAUAAAACAUUUUAGUAAGGGAAUGGAAGAAAUAGAAAGAUGCUGAUAACCAGAAUUUCCACUGAGAUAUAUUUAUAAGCAGUUCUAUUAAUUGUGAGCACCCCUUCACAUACUUUUUAUUGAUGUGCAUCUGACAGUUCUCAAUGGGCCAUCCUCAUGAGACCUGAUUAAUAGCUUGUGCAUUGAGGUCUAAAAGAUUUUGUGUGUGUGUGUGUGUGUUUGUGUGUGUGUGUGAAUAUGGAGGGAGGGAGUGGGAAGUUGUUCCAGAAGCACAGAAACUGGCUCACCUAAGGGUCAGUGAUAUUUGUCCACCUCUUCAUGGAAAUCUAAGAUCUGAUAGUUAUUUAACAGUAAUUGUGGAAAGGAAACCAAUGAGACAGAAACAGUUGUUCUCGGCUCCUGGAGUACUCUCCAUCCCAGAGUUUUUUGUGUCCUUGUGCUACCCAUAGUUCCCCACAGAAUCCUUCCCUGAUCUAGGCUUUCAAAUUACAUCUUGAUCUCCCCAUCCCAUAUCUUCACUGCAUCUUUGUAUUGGUAUAGUUAAUUUGCAUUCCUUAAUUAGAGCAACUAUGAAACUGAGACAUCCCUCAUUUCCCUCCAGGCAGUGUGAGUCUGUUGUUCUGAAGGAAUCUGUCAUUGGUUCUGCCUCAGAUUUCAGGCUUUCAGAUCUUUUGAGUUAAAGGCCCUUACUUCAUAGUACUACUUACAUAGAAGAGCAACUUGAGGACUGAACAGCAGUGGAGAAGGGUAGUGUGCUUUCCUCAGGGCCCUUCAGGGACACUGCCCAAGACAGCUAUAAAGAGGAGAAUUGUUAGGGAUGUGGCAGAAAUAAGAGAGUUGCUCAAAGGGCAGUUUGGGAGCAUGGGGAACUUUGUAGAGAGGCCACCUGAUAAGGGAGGUCAAAUAUUCUUUCCUGCUUUCACAGUGGGAUGGAAAAAUUAACCACUGCUCUGCCCCAUCUUUGCUAGAGCUGCAGGCUCAGGCUGCUCCAUCACACAGAUCUCAUGACUCUGUCCCUGACUGAAGCACCUUUAAGAAGCAAGUACAGGACCAGCAGCCCUUACCUGUCCUCUGGAAGUUUCUCAAACUUUGGGACUAUGGGCACUCACUGAAACACCAGGGAAUGUUUAGUGGAGAAGAGCACCUUAGGGAAGGGCAUUUUUCUAGCAUGCAGUGCUUUCUAGGGAGAUCAGGCCUUUGAGGGAGGAGAGCAGAGUACUUGGACAGCCAGCCAGAAGGAGAACUGUAUACCUUUAGAGAAUUCAGAGACAGCACUGAAUCCAUUGAGAACUCAAGAGUAGUGAGAAAAACUCCGGCAUAUCUGGUUUUAUGAAUGUCUUUUGUUUUCUCACUUCAUUAAUUUCCAAACCCCAUUUGAGCCCUUCUUGUAACAAAGAAAAGUAUGAGACCAAUGAGAGCUCAAACAGUGUGUUGAACAUAUUUGUAUACAUACACACAUAUAUAUAUAUAUAUAUGUAUAUAUGUAUUUAUAUAUACACAAAGCAUAUUCAAAGACAUUCCAUGCCUGCAGUUCUAGCCUUUCUAGUGAAAUGAGAGGUUGGUUGUGAUGUUUUAGAGUUCAACUUUCUUUUAGGGUUUUAAAAAAAUUUACAUUACUAUCAUCACUAUGUGCUUUAUUCUCCUGAUUCUGCUGCUUUACUCUUGGUCCAUUCGUAAGUUAUUCUUAUGUUUCUGCAUUCCAUGUAUUUUUUGUUUCUUCCCCAGUGAAAUGCCCCCUUUGUUUUCAUCUUUUUGCUACUAUAAAAAGUGCUGCUAUGUAUAUUUUGGUGUCUAUGGGUCCCUCUGCCUUGGACCUCUUUGGGGCCUAUUCCCAGCAUUGGGAUUGCUGGAUCAAAGGGUAUGAAGUAUUUAGAAACUUUCCUUGGACAAUUCAAAUCAACUUCUAGAAAAUGACCAAUUCAUACCACCAACAAUGUCUGAGUGUGCAUGUGACUGGCUUCCCCUUACUUUUUUUCAGGCCCUGGUACAUGCCUACUUCUGAAUAGAAUAAAAACUGGCAUUCACAACUCAGUGAGGGAAGUGCUACAGAUGUUAGCAUCUCCAUUUUACAGGUGAGGAAAUGGGAUCCCUCAGAGAUUGAGGGAUCUGUCCAGGUGACAAAGUACAUACAGGCCAGAGGCAGGGUCAGGACCUAACCCUGGGUCUGGUGCUGCUGAGCCACCUCUGGGUUAAAGCCUGCCCAGAUGUGACUGCAUACAUGAAGUGGAUGGGAGUGGCUACAUGGGUGGUAGUCUGCAGUGGGUCCCAGCUGCCCUCUGCAGAUCUGCAGUAUGCUUCCUGGCAGCUUGGUGGUGAGCUGCUGGACUUGCAGCCAAGGAGACCUGCAUUUAAGUCCAGCCUCAGACACUUAUGAUCUAUGAGACCCUGAGCAAGUCACUUAGCAUGUUUGCUCAACUACAAACUAGAGAUAACGAGGAUCAAAUGAGGUCAUAUGCAUAAAGUGCUGGGCAUUGCAUGCUAACAGGCCUGACAUUCAGUAGCUGCUGGGUCAUUGCUCCUUCCCUUCCUUUCUCCCCUGCCUUCCAAUGGGGAGAGCACAUGAAGGUCAAUACCUGGAGAUGCUUCAUGCUGGACCCAUGGAAACACCAGUAUUCAAUGCUAGCCCUUGGCUUGCUUAGAAGGACAAUGGCAAAAACUCACAUAAAGAAGCCCAGAAGCCAUCUGUUCCAACCCCCUCCAUAUGCAGUCAAGGAAACAAGGCUGGGGGUUAAGUACCUCACCCAAAGCCACACAUUAAAUAGCAGUGUCUGAUGCCAAACCUAGUCCUCUUCCCACAGUGCCCCAUCUGAAUACCGUAUGAGAAGCUGGCACAGUGACUAAAGGGGAUCAGAAAUUAUCUCCUGGGAUGUGGGAGAACAGCUUGGGCAGCUCCCAUUGACAAAAAGGAAUGGACUCAUUUGUACCUUCUUACAGUAGGGGAAAGGGGGUGGGGUUGACUUCUCACAUAUCCCUACAGAAGGGACCUGUUCCCACUGUAGAAAACAGUUGGGUUGUGCCUGUGUCAUUGAGCUGCCCUAGUCAUGUCCCUUCCCUGUCACCCAAAUGGGUGUGUUAGCAUGCCACCUUGGUUGUACUUCUCCUCUGUUGCUCCCACCCCGGACAUCUCAGAAUCUCCGUUGUGAGAGUAACUCUCACAAUGUGCUGUAAUAAAUGGCCUGUUGCUUUGAGGAUGUACUAGCUUGUCUUGUUCUUGUAGGAUAUUUAUGAGUUUCCAAAUCAGAAUGUCUUCCUUGCUUUCCUAAGAGAAGAUACUCCCCUGUGGACU